GAGGCAGAAUUUAAUAAGAUUUUUAUUAAAAGGAAAAGAAAAAACAGCCCAAAAAAUCCUUGAAAACACAGAGAAACAUAGUAAGGGCUUAGCCUCAUUAAACUCUUGUUAAAAAAAUCUAAAAGGAAAGACCUUGACAAGAAAAAAGAGUACUCAACUACAAAACAAAAGAUAGAAAGGUGAGAUGAGGAUAUUUCAGAAGCUCCAGUCGAACCAUUGCCCAUAAAUACCCCCGGCUCACUAACAAAGAAAGGGUUAUUGACGCAGAAUAAAUGGACGGACAAAAGGAUUGCGUGUGCUAAGAAGAAGAUGGCGACAAGUUUGUCUCUUAAAAGCAGAAGAGACUAGUGCAGUCCAGUAAUUAAGUAAAGAAAUGGAUGGCCACGCAAUAAUGGUUUCAUUUCACCUGCAAGGGCACAUCAUCCCCUUCGUAAACCUCGCCCUUAAACUUGCUUCCAAGGGCUUCUCUAUCACCUUCGCCCACCUCGACUUCGUCCACCAACAAAUCUCCCAAUCUCAACGCAACCCCACUCAAACCGACAUCUUCGCCGCUGCACGCAGCUCCGGCCUCGACAUCCGCUACACAACCUUCAGCGAUGGCUUCCCGCUCGAUUUCGACCGCGACGGCGCCAAUUUCGACCAGUACGUGGAGUAUUACCGCGAUGGAUUUCCGGAUAUAGUUGAUCAACUAGUUGCCAAAAUAUUGCACUCUCAUCCUUCAACUGCAGCUUCUAAUUAUUUCUUGAUUGCUGAUACCUUCUCCGUUUGGCCGGAGAAAAUCGCCAAGAGAUAUGGCCUCGUGAAUGUGUCUUUCUGGACGGAGCCGGCCUUAGUUUUCAGCUUGUAUUAUCACUUGGAACUUCUCAGGGGAAAGGGCCACGUCCCCGUCGACGGUCGCCGUGAAAUGGUAGACUACGUGCCCGGCGUCGACUCCAUCAAUACCAAAGAUUUCAUGUCGUAUUUACACGAUACAGAGCUGGAGGUGAUACACGACGUUAUUUUCCGGGCGUUUGAUGCAGUAAAAAGCGCUGAUUUCAUACUCUGCAACACCGUGGAAGAGCUCGAAGCAGACACAAUAUCAGCUUUGCAGCAGAAGCAGCCGUUCUAUGCUAUCGGCCCCCUUUUUCCGGCCAACAACUCCAUCGCCAAGAGCCUUAUGCCCGAAGCCGACUCCGCGGAUUGGCUCAAUUCGAGGCCGCCGGGAUCGGUUUUGUACGUUUCAUUCGGUAGCCUGGCCACGACCGAUCGGAGCGUGAUUCACGAAAUCGCCGGCGGCCUUUUACUGAGCGAGGUGAACUUCAUGUGGGUUAUUCGACCUGGAAUGGUGAAUUCCGGUGGUGGAGUUCUGCCGGAAGGAUUUGAAGAUACGACGAGAAAGAGAGGGCUGAUGGUGCCGUGGUGCAGCCAGAAUGAGGUGCUGCGCAACCCGGCCAUCGGCGGAUUCUUGACUCAUUGUGGAUGGAACUCCAUUCUUGAGAGCGUGUGGUGUGGGGUUCCGAUGAUUUGCUAUCCGUUGUUUACGGAUCAAAUCACGAAUAGGAAACUGGUGGUGGAUGAUUGGAAGGUGGGGAUUAAUCUGUGCGAGGGAGAAGGCAUUAUUAACAAGGAGGAAGUUGCAGAGAAGAUAGAGUUUGUGAUGAGUGAAGAAAGGUCAGAAGAGUUGAGACAGCAAAUGGAGAAAGUGAGAAGGACACUUGAAAAUGCAACGAGCGUGGAUGGAUCAUCCAACCGAAACUUUGAUGGUUUUGUUGAGGAUGUGUGCCACGAAAUUUUUAGAAGGCAGUGAAUAUGGUUUGUAAAUAGGUUUAAACAUUUGGACCUCUUGAGAAACUAGUUGUAUUCCAAAGCAUUCUGUUUCACUUGAAAUAAAAACUAUCACCCAAACUUGGCGUUUGAUUCUGAAAAA